AUGUUAACACGAUGGUAUUCUCUACGGCAUCGAGAAACAACUCGGCAACCAAACAUUUCCGAUCCCCAGGCGCUCACAAGACCAUCCGAUUUUGACUUCGCAUUCCCCGAAACAAGAGCAACGGCUACUGUUCGAAGUCCGACUGGCGAGACUGUACUAAGUCCACGACCUGUCCAUCUACGCCCGAGAACAUCCGGGGCUCCCACUGCGAAGAGAAAACCACGAACUGACGCUCCGCCUGCCAGACCUAAAACCUCGGAGAAUCAUAAGCAAUCAAAGGAUCCUCGUGCUGAUCUCGAGAGUGAAGAUCCUUCGAUAGGUCUGGCUUUCGGCAGCCCAAGUCAUCCUCCUGCAACCUUUGGUAUGCCUGCGGACAACGACGAGCACGACUCUUCUCCGCUGCAACGCUUCAUCCGGGCCGAGCGCUCACGUCAAAUGCAAAGCAAGAAAUGGAAAAAGAUCGGUACGUUGUUCAAGUCGCGCCAGAUUGCUCUCAGGAGGGAAGAAAUUCCGUCUGGGCCAACGAUAGGACUCCCAACCGGAUUCACCGUGCUAGACAAGAGUCCUACGAGCCAGAGCGUGGAAUUUUCCGAGCACAGAUUGCGGCCGAUAGGGGACGUAGGGCAGCCGUACCGCCAGCGUCUCCCGCCUAAAGGAAAGGACUCGGGCACUCACAAAUGGCCGUUGGAUAAGUCCCAUCACACAACCGACACUGAAACGGUAUCUCGACCCUCUACUGCAACCGAUUCUAGCUUAUGGGUUGAACCGGACUCGAGACCACCUCUCCCCAAACUUGAGCUUGACAUACCGACCCCCCCUCUCGACCGCUAUAGUGUAAUGUUCCGCAACUUACCAGCCGCGACACGAUCUUCAUCACUUCUUGCAAGGCGCAGUAAGACUCUGGAGAGUCUGGUCUCUCUUGACGAACUUCGAUCAGGUGUCAAAGCUCCCGAAGAGGAUGGCUUGACAACAUACUAUGACCCUGCAACGCCUCUUGUGCCUCCGCAACGGCUCGGCAGCCCGACCAACCGGUCUCCAGUUGCAAGCAAAUACUCUCUCUUCCCCAACACAUCUCCGGCGGCGAGCAAGGUCCAGGCUCGGGUCACUGAUGGCAACAACCACCAGUUGAAACGUACGGCAAGUUCACCGGCACGGUUAACGCCCAUGAAGGAUCGCUUUUCCGUCGACAAACCAGAGCCAUUGAACCCGAAGAGGAUAGAGGUGAAUGAACAGCCGGUCAGUAGCCCCGAGGAUAACACCGCCUCAACGGACCGUUCGGCGCCUUGGAGUGCCGCUCACUCCUUCCAAUCAUCCAUCUCCUCGGUGGCAACGGGCGAAGAAAUCUUCUUCGACAUCAGGUCGUUCCGAGAUUCGAAGGGAGUUGAAGACGGACAAUUCGUCAUGACGAGACCGGACUCAGUGGCGGUGGAAUUGGCACGGACGAGGUCUAAGAAGACCGCAGGAGGUAGCAACCUCCGAGAGGCACAAUCAGGUCGACCUGACCAUGAGACGGUGGAAGAGGAGCCACUCACGCCAAUACCACAACCAACAUCCUUGUCUGGUAUGACAUCCGCAACCACCACAAAGCACACCUCGGUCAACACGGCAUACUUCGAUGAAGCCAUUGCCGCAGUCGAGAGGCUCACGUCGCCCACAUCCGCAAGCCAGGAGAAGCUACCACCCGUCACGUUCACAGUCCCGACACUCCACGUUCCCCCUCAGCCUGAAAAUGCUCCGGCACCACCGUCGGACUCAUCUCUUUAUUCCUCCAGACCCGUCGACCAUACGGGCAUUCGCACCUUGAGCAAAGCACGAGAAGGCGUGGGGCUGAUGAUCCCAUCUCCUGUUCCCGAAGCCAAAGAAGACCUCUCUCCAAAGUCGGACGUGACAAUCACGAAUGCCCCAGCGCCCUCUCUGCUAUCGUCAUCAUCAGUGGUGUCCUCGUCUUCGAAACCUUUAGAGAAACCCCAAACCGGCCAGAUCCUAUCGCCUCGUGUCAUAGCCAUUAAGCGCGUCGAUCGGCCUAUUGGCGACUCGCCCACCAUCCCACAAGGUCCGCCGAGUCCGCCGCGACGAGCCCCUGCCCCCAAACCUCAACCUCAGCCUCAGCCUCAAUCACAAUCUCAAUCUCAACCGCGAUCGGCCACUAGUUCACCACAGUCUGACGACAAGCCUCCUCCGGUCCCUAGAAAAGACUCCAAGUUCAUUCCGCUGUCGAAAUACGCGACGAAAAGCACCGUAGCCAAGAUUGAACAAGCGGGCAUCAUCCCCACGAGACCCAGCCGCUCGAACACCGACACAUUGUUGCAAGGGUCAUCGUCAGCCAGCAGCAGUCCGUUUAUCCCAGGACGCUCUGCGUCGCCCCUCGUCCGCGGCGCCAAAGAACGCUCCGCAACACUCCCGACCUCGCUACAGGGACUGGAAAAGACGAUCCCGCCGUCCAGACCGCCGAGACCGAACCCAAUGGCCAUGAACCCGCCGUCGUCGACGGCGCCCGAAGUGGCCGUCGCUCGGACCGUGUCGUUGUCUCGCAAGCAGAGCGCAAGAAUCAACGUCACGGCCCCAAGACUCGCGGCGCGUCGAGCCGAGGCGGCGGCGGCGGCGUUGCAAAAGGCGAAGCAACAGUCGUCGUCGUCGUCCGGGUCGCCACCUUCGCCAUCGUCCAUAGCCGCGACCGUGGGAUCCAGCCUCGAGCGCGGAGGGAGCAAGUCCGGAAUGGGCAUCUUGGGCCACCACCACCGUCACCGACGGAGCGGGUCCAAGUCGCUGUCCAGGGACCGCAUCAAGAUCGUAAAGCGCGAGCCGGACGCGAAGAAGGUCAGAGACGCAGAGAAGCAGAUGGUCAAGGAAGCCAAAAAGUGGGAGCUUCUCGAGCGAAAGGCCUACUCGCCCGUCGUGGUGCAAGCGGAGAGAGGACACAAGCCUGGUCUGAGUGUCGGGUUGGUCGUCGAGAGGAUAUGA